AUGGUAAAUAAAUUAGAAAAUCUGCCAAAUGAAAUUCUUAUUAUUAUAUUAUCUUAUAUACCAUGGUUUCAAAUCAUAGAAUCAUUUUGGUCAUUAAAUAAACGAUUAAAUGAUCUUAUUUAUUUUAAGACUUCAAUGAAUAAUAAUGGAAUAAUUAUUGAUGAACGAUGUUUAUCUUUUAAUAGAUGUCAUUCAAUAAUGACAUCGAAAAUUUGUGAUUUAUUAUCACCUUUUUCCUCUAUAGAAUGGAUGGAUAUUGAUGGAAGUUAUUCAAAUUGUAAUGAUAUUAUAUUUCACUGGAUUUUUCAUUCUAAAAUUCUUAAUUUUGUUAAUUUAAAAAAGCUUAUUCUUAGACAAUGUUAUUUGACAGAAGAACUUCUUAAAAAUUUAUCAUUACUCAUUCAAUAUCAAUUAGAGGAAUUAAUAUUAAUAUUUGAUAAAGAUAUUUUUCAAUUAUUUUAUUAUGGAAAAAGACUCCAAAGAAAACGUCUUAUUCAAGAAUCCAAAUUAAUGUUCAUGUUUCAAGAAUUUGUACGUAGAUUCUUUUCUGAUAAAUGUCAAUUAACUUCUCUUAAACUUGAUUUAUCAAUCGAUGAUUUUUAUGCUCAUAUUCAUCACUGUUUUUCAUUAAUUAACAAUGAACCUGUUAUGCAUUGUAUGAGUCUUCGUUAUUUACACAUUCAUUUAAUUUAUGGUUUUUUAUUUGAACAUAUUAUUGAACAUGUACCCAAUCUUGAAAUUCUCUCAGUUCAAUUCCGAAACUGCUUAGUCAGGGAAUGGUCAUUUGGUUCGAAGAUCGAAACAUUUGUACCGACAAAUGUUAAUUGGUAUAAUAAGAUGUCAAAAUUAAAAUGUUUUGCUUUAGAAAGUGCUAUUGAUGAUUAUUUACAGUUAGUUUAUUUAAAAUGGAUUCUUAAUAAUAUAAAUUAUAUUGAUAAAUUAAAAGUUGAUUUAUAUAUAAAAAAUCUAAUGAACGUCAAUGAGGUUAUUAAUGCAAAAUCUCUUCGUAAAUAUUGUAUGCCUGAUAUAUUAAUUAAUUUAAUAGAUUUUGAUUUUUAUAUUAUAUUAAAAUGUCGAUUAUUAUUUCCAAAUGAUAUUCAAAAAAUAAUUGAUUCUUUUGAAACUGAUAAUUUUUUCUCUGAUCAUCAUUGGACAAAUAUUAAAUGUUUUUUUGAUCCUAUUUUCUCAUGUCAACAUAUAUCAUCAACUGGAAUAAUUAAAUCAAAAUUCUUUCAUGGUAUUAUGUAA